AUCUUACACCUUUUUCAUAUAUUGUGUAUGUAUGUCUUCUCCUUCCAUGAUCAUAUCCUUCUGUGAUUGUGGGAUCUCUCCAGAACAUCCGCCGCCUAUGCAGAAGUUUGAUGUGAUUUGAGUAAGAAGUCGUAUGUAUAUAAGCGAUGGGAGGCGGAUGUCCGAGUUGCAUGAUUGCCGUCGAUUACCCCACUUCCCCGCGGUUAUAAGGAUGGUCGUCAUAUACAGUUUACUAACCCACUGCUCGGAUCAUGGCUCUUGCAGUUGAUCGUCACGUUGCUAUCCUCACUGGCAUUUCUCUUUCAGUUGUCGCCGUCAAGGCACUCAAGCUCUUCAUCAAAAAGCGACAAAAUAAUGCUCCUCUUCCUCCUGGCCCAGUGCCCCUCCCACUGUUGGGGAGCGUCUUAUCCAUAGACGCUUGCGAGCCUUGGCUGACUUACACCAAGUGGAGUGCUGUGUAUGGGGACUUGGUCUUCGUGCGAAGUCUAGACGAGGAAAUGGUCGUGAUUAAUUCUCAGCACAUCGCAGAAGCAUUACUGGACAAGCGUUCUCGGAUUUACUCCGAUCGACCAUACCUAGCAACACUCGAGCCAUAUGGCUUGUCGAUUAACUUUUCAUUCAUAGCUUAUGGCGAUGAAUGGCGUCUCUGCAGACGACUUUUCCACCAAACUUUUCGCCCCGAGUCUGCAGCAAAAUUUCGCCCAAUGCAAAUCAAGCGGGCUCGUGAUAUUAUCGUCAACCUAAUCGAUGACCCUGAAAAUUAUUACGACCACUUCGCAACAUUCUCGUUAUCUGUUGUGAUGUCAGCUGUAUAUGACUACGAUAUCAGUGCUCGUGAUGAUCCUAUGGUGCAGACCGUCAUAAAGGCACUGGUUCCAGGCUUGACCUUGAUAACCCCAGAGAGAGCAUUAAUGCUCAAAACCUUUCCCUUCUUACUAAAGGUACCUGACUGGUGCUGGGGAUCCUCGAUCAAGCGUAGUGCUCGAGGUUCGACGGAGCGCAUCAAUAAAAUGGCCGAUAUGCCGUUUCGAUAUGUGCAGGAGCACAUGGCCGACGGUUCGUUGCUCGCUCGGUCUUCGAUGGUUGCAGAAAAUUUGCAACGGAUGGAGACGCAAGAUGAGGCAUUCAAACCUGUAUUCGAGAAUGGGUUGAAGAAAGCAGCUACUACUGCUACUAUAGCUUCAUAUGAGACGACUGCGGCAACUUUAAUGGUUUUUUUCCUGGCCAUGGUAUUAUAUCCAGAAGUUCAAAAACGCGCACAAGCAGAAAUCGACUUGGUGGUUGGAAAAGAACGGCUGCCAACGUUCGAGGACAGAGCAUCGCUACCCUACAUCGAUGCAGUCCUGCGAGAGACUUGGCGAUGGCAACCUGUCGUGCCCCUUGGUAUUCUUCCCCACCAAAUGAUCUGGCCUGUGCUGAAGAUGGCAUCAUAGGCGUACCACAUGCUGCCUCGAGUGAUGACGUAUAUGAUGGGUACUUCAUUCCAAAAGGUCUGCUGUUUUUG